GAAAAAAAUGGCGCGGAAUUAAAAAUUUGAAUUUUAAAAGUCACUUGACAGCAAGAUGACUAUAACAGUGAUUAGUUAUAUUAAAAAAAGAUAAAUGUAUGACUAAUAUGAGGACCGCUGUUCCGAAAGUUUGAAUUCGUUUAGUCACGUACACGGAAGUUAUUUUUUAAAUUUCAGCUGAAGAUGUCCAUUGACUACAAGCUAACGGUACAAAGUAAAUUGUUCAAAAGUACGUUUUCCAUGAUAGCACAAUGGAGUGUGUCCACCUGUGUGCCAGUUGCAGGUAUUUUGAAUUAAAAAAUUGAGCAAGCAAAAAAAGUGUCGGGAUGGUGGGAAUAGAAGAGAAGACUGGAUCUCUGGAGCCUGGAGUCUGAAUGGUAUAGGGUCAUAUAGGAAAUAAGUAAGCAUGAUGAUAUUGUACAAGUUUGCAGCACUUGGAAAUAAUAAAUAUGUAGAGUAUAGAGGGUAUGGAGUAUAGACAGUAGUAUCAGCAGCAGGUUCAAUGGCUGGCAGACACGCAUGCGCGCAACCGGACAUUGGCACGAAAAGGAAAUAAGAGAAUGAAGAAGGUAGAGCUGGAGAUGGCAACAGAGUAGAAAGGACAGGAGAAUAGACUGGAGUACGUGCGAGUACGUGACCCAGAGCGAGAAAGAUAAUAUAGAGGACAGCGAGGCGAGAGGCAGGCAGGCAGAAAAGAGCCAUGACGCCAUGUUUUGAUGUCGUCAUCCCCCCCCAAAGCAAAACCUCUGCUGGUGUUUUUCGACAUUAAAAUUUGCUGUUGUACUUAGUAUUUUUAAUUGUUUAUAUUCUUUUAUUAUUGUGGUGUGUGGCCUACCCCCUCGAAGACUCAUAAACCCAACAGUUAAUAAUAUAAAUCCAAUAGCUGGGGAAUAAAACGUGGCCAGAGUUUGGCCACACAGAGUCAGGUGAGCCUCAAUCAACGUUAGCUCUGUCUUUUUCUCAUAUAUAUAAAGUGCUGCUGCUGCUUGAUGUUGGCGAAAGCGAUUCUCGAGCGGGGGGGGUCCACGAGCGUCGUCUACGUGGUUGUGGGAUCCUAGUGAACGACCGACAUUCUAACGCUAAAUUGUUUAUCAGGAUUACGUCACCAUCACCAUUUAAAGUUUUAUAAAUUUAUAAAAAGUUACUCUACAUGAAAAUAAAUAUUACAACACAGUGCCUCGAAGUAUUAUCAUGGAGUUGCGAUUACACUCACCAGCGGGAGCAGAGCCCAUCGUUUAUCAGUGGCCACUCACGUCUGGAUCAGGCGCCGACCGUCAUGAUGGAGCCAUUGAUGUUGUGGAGACGAUGAGGUGGGUCUGUGAUGAUCUACCGGACCUUAAAUUACCGCUAGAGAACAACAUUCUCCAAAACUAUGACACUAGAGAUUAUGACAGCAUGAAGGGCCUGUGUGACCGUUUCAAUAGAGCUAUUGACAGCCUGGUGCAGCUGGAAAAAGGAACGAGCUUACCAUCAAUGAGAUUAAAUAAACGACCUAGUAGAGGACUGCUACGUCAUAUAUUACAGCAGACGUACAAUCAAGCAGUAGUUGAGCCUGAUAAAUUGAACCAAUAUGAACCAUUUUCCCCAGAAGUGUAUGGAGAAACUAGUUACGAGCUUGUUUGCCAAAUGAUUGAUCAGAUAGACGUCACUGAGGAUGACAUUUUUAUCGACCUUGGGUCUGGUGUCGGUCAGGUUGUGCUACAAAUGGCUGCGGCGACUUACUGCAAAAUUUCACUGGGUGUUGAAAAAGCUGACGUGCCUUCACGAUAUGCACAAAACAUGGAAGUUAAUUUUCGUAAAUGGCUAAGUUGGUACGGCAAACGAUGCGGCGAAUAUCGUUUAGUUAAAGGAGAUUUUCUAGCGGAUGAAAACCGUGAGAGUAUUACUAGUGCAACUAUAGUUUUUGUAAAUAAUUUUGCAUUCGGUCCAACGGUAGAUCAUCAAUUGAAAGAGCGUUUUGCUGACUUACGUGACGGCGCACGUAUUGUAUCUUCUAAAUCAUUUUGUCCGUUAAAUUUUCGUAUAACUGACCGAAAUCUUAGUGAUAUUGGAACAAUAAUGCAUGUUUCGGAGAUGACACCUCUGAAAGGUUCAGUCUCCUGGACUGGGAAACCAGUAUCUUACUACCUCCACGUAAUCGAUCGAACAAAAUUAGAACGUUAUUUUCUUCGUCUUAAGAACAAUAGGAUGGGCGGACCAGACCUUGAAAACUCUGAUUCUGUGAUAAGUAACACUGCCAGCAAUAAUAGUAGUAGAGUAUCAAGUAGAGCUGAGCGUGGAGAUAGAGCUAAGAGGGAUUUGUCGCGGCAACUUGAAAGUCCAAAUACUGAAUUGGCUGGUACAAACAGUGAUUCAGAUAUGGACGACACCAAAACACGACGGCAACCCUCGAAAAUGCGUAGAAAAUUGAAUAGAAAAGUUGGUGCUGGUGCAGGUGCUGGGAAUAAUAAUACUGGUGCUGUUGGCAUCACACGAGCAACAAGAGGUAGACAACGUGGUAGAGGUGCGGUCAAGAAAGCUAAAACCAAAAAAGCUAUCAAUAUCUCGGGACUGGAUUUGCUGCACAGUCAGACACUGCUGAGCACAUCUCCACAAGCUAUUGGUAAAAAACUACCACCAGCUCCUGGCUGCGUCGACCAACAUCUUUCGUCGUUGUCACUUUCAUUGCAAGCCAACACCACGAGUGUUCACGAAGAACUCAGCAUACCUCCAGCACCAGCUGCGACACCUUACGCGCUUCAAAUUCUUCUCGAUCAUUACAGGGACCAAUUCAUGGCAAUGCUGGAAUCAUUGAGGACACCGGCGUACAAAGACUCAGUUAAUGAGGAAUUAGCUAAGGAGCGUGAACGUAAUUCAAAAUUGCAAUCACGCGCAGCACAAUUAGAAAAACAAAUAAAGGUAUUGAUUGAUGACAGUGUGGCAUUAUUGAAAGCAAGAAUGACAGAAUUGGGUAUUAAUGCCACUUCACCGGGUGAUUUGCUUGCAAAAGCUAAGGAAAUCGUACUGAGGCAUAAACAACUGCAAGCCAAAGCCAGUAAAUUACAGGCUCAAGUGUCAUCAAUGGAGACUGAGCAAACACGAUUGGCAACGCUCAGGCACCAAGAGCUUAAUGAUAAGUACAACAGUGGUAGUCAUGAUAACGCAAACAAUAUUCAAAAUCCUCCUCCGGUACUUACACCUGAGUACAUACUCAAAGAGAUAUCAGCAACGUUAUCGCAAAGAAAAAAAUUACAUUCUCAGGUAUCAAAAUUAGAGCACGAAUUAAAUCAAUUAGAACGUACUGCCAGUGAUAAACAAGCAGUAGCGAUAGCCCAACAGCAUCGUGAUGCUGUUGCUAAUAAAAAUUUACAUCAUCAUUCACAGCAGAACGGAAAGAGUCCACGGAAAAGCCGUGAAGGACGAUCGAGGUCUCAAGAGUGGCCUGAUGUACCGGAUAUCGGUAAAAUUCAAGAAAACAAUCCGGAAAUUUUAGCGCAAAAAAUUUUAGAAACUGGACGUCAGAUAGAAGCCGGUCGUAUACCCAACAGACUCAAUCCGACGAGUGGUGCAUCCAAUAUUAAUAAUAAUAUUAACAUCGGCAACAAUGGUAACAUAAAUAUUAUUAAUAACAAUAGUAUCAAUAGUGGUAGAGUUAAAUUGCCACAAGCAAACGUUAAUUUCUCAUCCUCAUCAGUCAUUGUUACUCAAUCACAAGGUAAUUCUCGGGAAGCUAUCAAUCGUGUUCAAGAGUCGCCGAGAGUUAAUAAUUUUGAGGACAGACUCAAAAGUAUUAUCACCAGUGUCCUGAAUGAGGAUCAGCAGAAUAGAAAUAAACAGCAGCAGCAACAACAGCAGCAGCAGCAUCAUCAGCAGCCACAUUCUUAUCAGCUCCAGUCACAACAGCAACAGCAGUCACCGCAAUCCAGUGAACUUGAUCGUAAACGUACCAACAGCAUACCUCCAAAUGUAUCAACUCCCGAUUAUACUCAAGUAUCACCCGCGAAAUUGGCGCUACGUCGACAUUUGUCCCAAGAACGUCUCACUUGUCAUCUAGUGCAGCCCGAUAGAUCAUCAUCGGCACCAGAUUCACGGCAAUUAAAUCAUAAUAAUAAUAAUACUAAUAAUAUUAAUAAUAGUAGUAGUAAUAAUAGUAAUAUUAGUAGUGGUAAUAAUAAUGACAAUCGUAUUCCAUCCACCGGUCCAAGUACCGGACUACUUGGUACAAGAACGAUCGGUGAUCUUGUGAGCGGUGAAAUUGAACGAACGCUUGAAAUAUCGAAUCAAUCGAUUAUUAACGCGGCAGUGGAUAUGAGUGCAAUGAUAAGACCCGAAACAGUUUAUUCUCCGAUAAGUAGACCCGCUAGUGCGGAAGGUGAAACAGGACUUGCUACCUUGGCACACGUUGCCAGUUAUGCGCCGACUUGUUCAGCUUCUGCGUCAACUUCAACUACUUCAUCACGUUCUUCUGUUUUAUUCACGCCUGCGUCACAAUCCCAAAGAUAUACACCAGUUCAACUACCAAGAGCGGACUUGAAACCUUAUCAUGAAUCAUAUUUUGCUGAUAACUCAACGCAGUUAAUAAAGCAAACUCAACAUACAACGGUAUCACAUCCGUCUCAGUCGUCAGGAUCUAAUGAGGAUUUACAACCUGUCGAGGGUCUUGCGGCCUCGCUCCAUGCGAGAAUAGUAAAUAACCACGGUGACAAAAAUGAAUCUUCAAAUAAUCGAAGAUAUCAGCCGUAUGCACGUUACGUAAACAGCAGCAAUAGCCACGGGAGUAAUGACGGCAGUGUGCCGUCGCCUCUACAAUCACAAUCAGCGGUGUCUUUAGUUAAAACAGAGACAAAUGUUUCGUCUGUGAGCACCAGUGGAGCACCUCUCAGUCCUCUUAUUGAGCCACACUCCAAUACCUCAACACCGCUAGUUGAUGAGCCGCACAUGACUACGCAGAGACAACCCACUGGAGUUAUAGAUGAAGAUGGUGAGGCAGACUGGCAGGAUCGCAUUAGUUCGGGUUUCGAUAGACUAGUUGCCUUCGCGUCGACGGAACUCGACAAACGGCGAAGAUCUACCGAAGGUGUCAACACAAGUCCUGACAGCGGAUUAGGAUCAGACAGCACCGUUAUUGGACCACCUAGAGUAGUACCUUCGCCGGACGAAGCACUCGGCCCACCGCGUACGCCCUCGCCAACAAGUCCACGUCCGCCGAAUCCUGCUGCGACGAAUAACAACAACAAUAACAGCAGCAGUAAUAACAAUAACAACAACAACAACAACAACAAUAAUAAUAAUAACAAUUCAUCAUCGGUACCGCUUAAAUAUCAGCGACAGUCGGAUCCUGAGAGGCAGCAUCAUUUUAAAAAAAAGUUUUUUCAUCGUGAUUGGAACAAUUCCGGUAGUACAAGUAAAUUUCGACCUAAGGGUAAAGAUUGGGACUGGAAUAACUCUGGCCACUGGCCGUCUUCUAAUGGCGAACAAUCAUAAUAAAUUCAUAAUCAAUCGUUUUUCGUAAUAAUCGUUUGUAUAAAAAACUAUAAAAAAAAAAGAAAAAAAAGUUGUAAUAUCGGACGAGUUUUUUGGCCAAAUUUAUAGCGAUAGAUUUUUUUGUUUUGUUUUGUUUUUUCUUUUUUAUAACUUUUUGCAUCCAUGAGAGUGAGAAAGUAAAUGUGACAUGUGCGUUGUUUAUUAUUUUUAUUAUUAUUAUUAUUAUUAUUAUUAAUUAUUAAUCAAUUGUAAAUUAAAAUAAAAAAAAGGUACUGCUACGGUGUGCCACCAAAAUUUUAGUUAGUAUCAAUUACGACAAAAUCAUAAGACUUAUUAGGUAAAAGAAAUUAAUAGGAAAAUUUGUAUGUUGUUUUAGUGUGAUGGUUUUUGAAAAGGGGACAAUAAUUUAGGUGUAAUUAUUAUAACUAUUAUUAUUAUCACUAUUAUUAUUACUAUUACUAUUAUUAUUAUUAUUAUUAUUUUACCCUAAAGGUUCAGAAGAUUAUUUUCUAAUGUAAUGUUUACUUUUUUUUUUAUAUAUUUACUUUUUUUCUUUAUUUUUGAGUUUAUAGAGUAAGUUUUUGAUUUAGAUUUUUUUUUCCUAAAUAAAAUUGGUGAGUACUGUAGCAUUGAAAUGAAAAAUGAAUUGUGAAAAUGAAUAAUCUGAUAGAAUUUAAAUUUUUAAAAAAUUAACAAUGAAGAAACAUAAAAAAAAAUAGUAAAGCAGUGGAGAAAAGAACUGAGUAUGUGAUGAACAACACUAGUUAAGUGACAUUUCUCAGUGAUGAAGAUCUAGUUAUCAAUCUAUACGUGCGCGUGUACACUCUCGGGUUUAACCGGGAUUAGAGAGACUGAAGCAAUGAUAGCUGGUAAACAACAUUACCAAGCCACUGUGUGUUCGUCAAAAGCUCAAGUGUUCAUAGCUGUUGCGCAUACUACAAUGUUGUUAUUGCAGUAUGUUCUUAGCCAACAAUAUAUUUAUUAUUAUUAUCAUCCUCACCAUCAUUAUCAUCCUGAUCCUCAUUCCCCUCAUGAUCCACCGCAGCAUCCCGAGAGUCCAAGAGCAAAUUAAUAAUGUCUUGGAGAUAAAAUCUAAUUAGGAAAAUGAGCUGUAGGCUUAAACUUGAUCUCUCAGCAAAGAAAUAAUAAAAAACAUGCGUCAUAAAAUAAUUGAAUUUUGUGUACAGUAGUUUUAAUUCUGUACCGGAAGCUCUGUAUCGUAUCGAGUACAAUUUACGGUGUAUAAAUGCUAAGCAUGGAAGUUAUGUAGAUGUAUGUAUAAAAAUAAUAACGUAAAUGUGGGAGAUUCGAUUGAUUCGCUGAUCAAGUAGCGUAAAUUAACGUUAAUGAGAUAACGUGUGUAAAACUGUAAUUAUAUUGAUUGAUAAUCAGCGAAUAAUCUCUUGUACGUUUAAUAAUUAAUACACUUUAAAUAAUAAUUGUGAUGUAGGCACCUGCCAAUUUUAGCAUGUUCCACUGCCGAAUCUUAUAUUAAUUCAUUUAUUAUUAAUUAUUAUUGUCAUUAUUAAUUAUUAUGGUUAUUAUUAUUAUUAUUAAUCAUUAUUAUUUAUUGUUUUCUUGGAAUAUUUUAAUACUAAGGUUUUAUAAU